CUGGUUAGGGUUUUAGCUUGGGAGUUGCAGAGAAGAGAGAGUGAAGAAAUGAAGGAGGCUGUGGCAUUGGCAAUAGACAAGGAUAGAGGAAGUGAAUAUGCCAUCAAAUGGAUUGCUGAACAUCUUCUCACCAGGCCUGGCCAAUCCCUCACUUUGGUCCAUGUUAAGCAACCAACUGCUGCUCCUGCCCUUCCCAACAAAUCUAAAAGUGGAGAACUGCCGAGGGAGGUUGCAAAGAUGAACAAAUACCAAGUUGAUGCUGAAGCCAAAGACUUGUUCCUCCCAUUCCGUUGCUUUUGCACCAAAAAGGCUAUUCAUUGGAAUGAAGUCAUACUGGAGAAUGCUGAUAUAUCAAAAGCACUCAUCAACUACGUCACAGCUAAUUCAAUUGAGAUUUUGGUACUUGGUGCACCAUCAAGAAACGCCUUUGGAUUUCUCAGAUUCAAAACUAGAGACAUUCCAAGCACUGUGUCAAAAGGGGCACCGGACUUUUGCACUGUAUAUGUCAUUGGCAGAGGAAAGAUAACACAUACGCGACCAGCCACAGGCCGUCUAACCCCAAAGCCUCCCUUGCAUAAUCAAAUACAGCAGCAACCAAGCCAAGUUUAUGGUUCAAAUGAUACACAACACAUGCUGCACAACCUGCAGUCCAGAGAAUCAGAGAUAACACAAUCUUCAACCCGUAGCCAGCUAAACAACAUUAAACUCAAGCCACCAUUAACAAGAGCAAUACCUAUAACAGACAAAUCAUAUGAGGCCUUUCCAGAGAGUGAUAGGUUGUCGGUGAGCAGUGAAAGGCCAAGCACGGAUCUCAUGUCAAAUUUUCCUAGUAUGGCAUCAAGAAUGACCUAUCAAAGUUCAAUCAGCUCAGAGUUAGACAACAGAAGCUCUACGUCAUCUCACUCCGGAAUCAAGUUUAUUGACAUGAGCUCUGGACGGAAUGAAUUCUCAUUGUCCUCAAUUGAAAGUGGAAGAUCAUGGUCAUCAACGAGCAGGGAUGAAAUGGAGAAUGAGAUGCGGAGGCUCAGGCUAGAGCUCAAGCAAACAAUGGAGAUGUACAGUAUGGCCUGCAAGGAGGCAGUUACAGCAAAACAUAAGGAAAAGGAAUUUCACCAAUGGAAAUUGAAAGGAGAGUGUAGAAUAGAAGAGGCGCGACAAGCUGAGGAAUCUGCAUUUGCACUUGCACAGAAGGAAAAACUUAAAAGUAGGGCAGCCAUAGAGGCAGCAAAAGCAGCUGAAAGGAUUGCACAACUGGAAACAGAAAAAAGGAGGAAAGCAGAAAUAAAAGCUCUUAGAAAAGACGAAGGGAGGAAGAAUUCACUAGACGGUCUCAGGUACAGGAAAUACACAAUUGAAGAUAUUGAAGCAGCAACAAAUGAAUUUUCCCCAGCUCGCAAGAUUGGGGAAGGAGGCUAUGGUCCAGUAUUCAGAGGUGAACUGGACCAUACGCCGGUGGCAAUAAAAGUUCUGCGUCCAGAUGCAGCCCGAGGACGGUCACAGUUCCAGAAAGAGGUUGAAGUACUGAGCUGCAUUAGGCAUCCAAACAUGGUUCUCCUUGUUGGAGCCUGCCCAGAGUUUGGUUGUCUGGUCUAUGAGUACAUGGCUAAAGGGAGCUUAGAAGACCGUCUCUUCCAGCGAGGCAACACCCCAGUGAUUCCUUGGCAGCUAAGGUUCAGAAUUGCUGCAGAAAUUGGGACUGGACUUUUGUUUCUUCAUCAAACCAAGCCCGAACCAGUUGUGCACCGGGACCUAAAACCCGGCAACAUUUUGCUAGACCACAACUAUGUGAGCAAGAUCAGUGAUGUAGGUUUGGCCAGGCUUGUCCCUGCAUCAGUAGCCAACUGUGUCUCUCAAUACCGCGUAACAUCAAUGGCUGGAACGUUCUGUUAUAUCGACCCGGAGUAUCAAACAACCGGCAUGCUUGGAACAAAAUCUGACAUAUUUUCACUUGGGGUGCUGCUCCUGCAACUAAUAACAGCCAGGCCACCAAUGGGUUUGGCUCACCUUGUUGAGGAGGCCAUUGAGAAUGGGACCUUCACUGAGAUGCUUGACCCUGCAGUUUCUGACUGGCCUGUUGAGGAAGCCUUCAAGUUUGCCAAGCUAGCUUUACAGUGCACUGAAAUGCGAAGAAAAGACAGGCCGGAUCUUGCCAAGGUUGUGCUCCCUGAGCUUAACAGAUUGAGAGAAAUCGCUGAAGAUUGCAUGAAUCCUUUCAUGCUUGGGGGUAAUGGAGCACUCUCACCAAUACAUGAUGUGAUGUCUGAUCGCCAUCUUUCGGAAUAUGGAUAUGAUAGCCCAAGGAGCCCAUCAAGCACAUCAUCUUAUGCAGGGAGAUCAUACCGCUAG